AUGACCAAGGCCGCGGGCAAUAUCUCGAGUGUCUUUCCCAGUCUGCGACCCGACUACAAGCCAGAGCCUUUGCCCUCUCGCUUUCGAGAUUUGAAGCUACAAUACUUCCAGAAAAAUGAGAAAGCACUGAAGCAGAGCUGGAAGCGACUUCUUCCCAGCCUGGAAGAAGAAGUUCAACAGAUCAAAUUGAAAGGAAGCGACAUCAUACCCUCCGUGAAAUACUCCGACGUAGUCAAUGGCACCGUUCCUGAUGCGACCCUCGCGGAAAUCCAUCACCGCGGCUCGGUGGUCAUCCGGAACGUCGUCCCUCGCUCACAAGCCCUAAGUUGGAAGACUCAAGUCCAAGAGUACAUCGCCGCCAACCAAGAGCGCGUGAAAGCCUUCCCCGUCGAUUCUCCUGCGGUCUACGAGCUGUACUGGACCCCGUCGCAAGCCGCCGCGCGCAGCAACGCCCACAUGCUUGCGACGCAGCGAUUCCUGCAACGGCUCUGGCACUCCUCCGACCCCAGCACGCGCAUCUCGACGCGCAACCCACUCACUUAUGCCGACCGGCUCCGCAUCCGUCAACCGGGCGACGCCAAGUUCACGCUGGGCCCGCACAUUGACGGCGGCUCGCUCGAACGCUGGGAGGACCCGGAGUACGCGCGCGUCUACGCGUCCAUUCUGGCCGGGCGGUGGGAGGACUACGACCCCUGGGACGCGAAGCACCGUGUCGCCGCCAAGAUGGACCUGUACAACGGGGCGGGCGCCUGCUCGAUGCUCCGCUUCCUCCAGGGCUGGCUGUCCAUGUCGCACACCGCGCCGGGCGAGGGCUCCCUGCACGUCUGCCCCAUGCUCCGCCACAGCACCGCCUACACCAUCCUGCGGCCCUUUUUCGACCCCCACUCCGGCGAACCCCUGCUGGACAACACCUUCCCCGGUUCGGUGCCCGGUGCCUGCCAGGAGUACAAUCCUAUCACUCACCCGCACCUCGAGCUCGAGGCCACCAUGGUUUCCGUUCCCGAGGUCGAGCCAGGGGAUUAUGUGGCCUGGCACUGCGAUUCGCUGCACUCGGUCGAUAGAGAGCAUCGGGGGACCGGGGAUUCCAGUGUCAUGUACAUUCCCGCCACGCCCAUGUGUGAGAUGAAUGUGGAGUAUCUGGUGAAGCAGCGGCAGGCGGCCCUGUCAUACUCCCCGCCGUGGGACUUCCCCGGCGCCGGGGGUACCGGUGAAGCGGGCUUCAAAGGCGCCCUGGAUUGGGAGACUAUCACUCCCGAGGGGCGAAGGGCGAUGGGUCUGGGGCAGAGUCCUUGGGAGGUGACGACGGAUAUGAGCGAGGGGGAGAAGGCAGUGGUCAAGGCCGCGAAUGAACUCUGCUUUGGGCAGAUUUGA